AUUUUUUUUAUCGCCGUUGAAUGGAAGUCCUUCGCGCGCGUACGUUUCUUUUUAUCGGUCGAGUGUAUUCGGUUUGACGUCUAUAACUGGUCCCGCGACCGCAAAACGUUUUCAUUUACCGCCGAGUCGAACGCGCGCGCGCAUCACGCUCCGUGUACUGCCCCGUACGUGUACGUAUAUUCACGCAAACGUUGCGAGACGUCGUGAGCGAACACGUCUUUACCAACGCCGCUGCCGGUCACAUUCGCUCAACAACGACAAACCUAAAUUAAGCCCGGUGGUGAUUACUUAGCCGACAAACGCGUCACGUACAACGUACACACUUACACUGCGUCGAACCUGUGGACACAUCACGCCGUACCAUCGAGUGACAUCACUAUCAUCAUCGUCAUCAUCGCUAUCGCCGUCGUCAUCAUGUUCAACGGGUACUACGGUUCGACAUCCGAGAGCAGCGACAGCGACACGCCGAUGGAUGACGGCGAGUCCGUCCGAACUAUGGACCUGAACUACCUGCUGCUGGACGGCGACACCAUCCAGAAGCACUUGGAGGAGGUGUGUGCGCGGAACCGGCCGGACGGCAUCGACGCGAUGUUGCUCAACCACAACGCGAUGCUCGCCCUGCCGCCGGCCAUCAACAGGUUCCAGCACCUCCGCGUGCUCGACAUCAGCAACAACCGGCUGACGCGCGUGCCCGACUUCGUGGCCCAGCUGCCGCUCAACACGCUGGUGGCCAAGAACAAUCUGAUCGACGACGACGGGUUCCCAAAGCAGCUGGCCAACGCCGCCCACUUGAAGGUGCUCAACAUCAGCGGCAACCGGUUGUCGCAUUUCCCCGAGCAACUGUUGUCCGUCACCACCCUCGAGUACCUGUACAUGGGCAGCAACAACUUGGUCGAGAUACCCAGGGAAAUCAACAAGCUCAUCAGGUUGAAGUUUUUGUGUUUAGGUGGAAAUCACCUAUCAGAAGUACCCUUGACGUUGGGUAUGUUAGACAAUUUGAAAGCACUGAACUUGAGCGACAAUGCACUGGAGAGUUUGCCGCCGGCCAUUGCCAAUCUUAAACAUCUUAAAUCAUUGAUGUUACACAAAAACAGACUUCGCACACUACCCAUAGAAAUCAUAUCAUUGAAGUGCCUCUCAGAGUUAAGCCUAAGGGACAAUCCAUUGGUUGUGAGAUUCGUUAGUGAUAUGACGCAUAAUCCACCAUCUUUACUCGAGUUGUCUGCUAGAUCAGUAAAAAUUAACGACGUACAGUUCGGAGAACGUGAUUUACCUUACAAUCUGAUUGAAUACUUAUCAAGCGCACAUCAUUGUGUCAACCCUAAGUGUAAAGGUGUAUUUUUCGACGAUCGCGUCGAACAUAUCAAGUUCGUGGACUUCUGCGGAAAAUACCGUAUUCCGUUGCUACAGUACCUUUGCUCGUCCAAGUGCAUAGUCAACCACAAAAAUGUGGACGGCGAUAGUACCGAUAGCAAUAUGAUGAGAAAAGUUUUGCUUGGAUAAACGCUCUGCUACGGUUACUAAAAGCACGGUGCCGUCUUCGAGAGCAAGUGGUUGCCCAACGCCGUACCUACAAUAUAAUUUAUAUAAUAUUGAUACAUAAAAGCAUAUACAUAUCCAUACCUAUUUAUACACGUUUUAAAUCAAAUCAUUUACACACUACAACUUGUAUCGGGUGCUUGUGUACCUAAAUCGCUUAAUCUACAUACAAUAGAAUGGUUUGAACACCUGUCGGAACGGAAUAUAUCAAAGUACCAAGUAAUUAUUCUUGCGAGAGUGGGGAUAAUUUUACUAAGAUCGUGAAUAUUAUUCUGGCAACAUCACUAUUUUAUUUUUAUACACUUUUUUUUUUAUAUUGUGUACUAUUUUCUACAGACUUUUGAUGUAUAUGAAACGUAUGAUGAUGAAAUAUAUAUUGACUGAUACACGCACACUUGUUCGUGAAAAUUAAUCUUAA